AAACGAGAAAGCAAAUAGGAUGAGCCGGGCGUGUUCCACCAUAUCCUCCCUUUCCAUUUGGAUAAUCUACCAAAAUAUUCCACAGAUAUUUUUUAAAUAAACCUUAAGCUCAAUCAAAUUUCAAACAACAAAUUAACAAUAAGAACACGCAAACGCAAAGGAGCUAAGAGGAAGAGGAUGAUUGCGGGUUAUGUUUGAUUGAUGUGUUCAGUGAUCAUCAAUAUGAGAAUGUUGCCUGUUUGCUCAGCCACCCCACGUUAUUCCACAUCUUCCCAGAUUCCCUUGUUUGGGGGAUUGCACCCCAUUCGAAAGGAUCUUGAGAGCAGAUGUGUGGCUGAAGAAGGUGUGCAUUUGGCUUCACAAUAUGGAACUCAUUCACUGAGAAAUUCAUUUGCAGUGCAAGCUACAAAGACAGUAUUGGGUAGUUUUUCUUCUACAAGUGAACCGGGAUACCUUACAAGCACGUGGGAUUAUUUACCAGUGACAACAGAUGGGCAUCAUUCUCUGAGUGAUGGGGAAGUCAGACACAUGGAAUAUUAUCAUCUAUCUACUGUGCCUGAUGAAUUUGCAGAUUUUGCAGAACAGGUAACUGAAGGAUCUAACACAUUAGUGACACCAGCACAACCAGAAACACUAUCGACUGCUGAUAUAAUGCCAGAGAACUUUGCACCAAGUCCUAGUUCAAUUAAUGUGGACAAUGAAUCAUUAGUCAGUACAAAAGCAAGUGUUGGAGACCUUGUUGCCGGAAUCAAUGAAUCAUUCAGUGCCUCAAUCAAUAAGGGAGAAAAUGCUUUACGAAGCUCACUGGAUACAGCUACUUCUUUUGUAGAUUCUAUUGUUAAAACUGCUACUAAAUCUGUAGAUAAUGCUUUUAGUAAGGCAUUUUCUUCUGUUGAUCAAACAGGGGAAUUAACAAAUAAGAAGUUAACCAGCUUUUCAAGUGAGCUGACUGGAGUCACAAAUAAAGCACCUGCUGUGGCUAUUGAUGUGUUGCGCCGCACAAUUAUAGUUGUAGAGAGUUCUCUAACAAGUGGGGCUUCAUAUGUUGUCUACCUAUAUGGCUCAGCAAAGGAGCUCCUUCCAGCAGGAAUUAGGGAUACAGUCAAUGUAUAUGAAGAUAAAGCAACAGAAAUCUUGAGGCCAGUUGGGUCUGCAACUCAAAGGUUAUACAUGGCUGUCUAUUCAUUGGAGAAGAGUCUUGGCUUGGAUCCAAAUGACCCAAUCAUUCCAUUUGUUGUUCUUUUAGGCUCUUCAGCCACAUUAUGGGCCUUUUAUUGGUUGUGGACAUAUGGAGGUUACUCAGGAGAUUUGUCCCCUAAAUCAGCUUUUGAGCUUUUGGCCGAGGAUGCAAAUGCUGCACUUAUUGAUGUCCGUUCUGAGGAAAUGCGAGAAAAAUAUGGCAUUCCUGAUCUCCGACGGGCUGCUAGGUUUCGUUAUGCAAGUAUAACUCCUCUUGAGGUUGAUGGCUCCAUACGCAAGUUGUUGAAGAGUGGUAGAGAACUUGAUGAUUCCUUGAUUGCUGCUAUUAUUCGAAAUUUGAAGAUGGUUAAGGACAGUUCCAGGGUUAUAGUGUUGGAUGCUGAUGGUACUCGUUCUAAAGGCAUUGCAAGAUCCUUGAGGAAAAUUGGGCUCAAGAAUCCAUACUUGGUUCAAGGUGGCUUUCAGUCUUGGAUGCAACAAGGUCUCCGCAUCAAGGAACUCAAACCUGAGACAGCACUUUCCAUACUCAAUGAGGAAGCUGAAGCAAUUCUGGAGGAUGUUAGUCCUUCUCCUGGGCAACUUUUAGGUUAUGGUACAGUACUUAUUGCAGGGCUUUAUGCAUUACUAGAAUGGGAGAAGACAUUACAGUUGAUUGGUGCUUUUGGCCUCGGUUUGACCAUCUAUUUGCGGGUUUCUUCAUAUGAAAAGUCAGAAGAUCUAAAACAAGAUGUGAGGUUGUUGCUUUCUCCUGUUAGACUUGGAGCUCAAGCAUUUUCAUGGGCUGCUGGAAAAUUAGAAUCAAAUGGCUUAGGAUUACCUACAUCACCAUCAUCAUCAGAUGUUCAGAACCGGGUGUUGCAGGCUGCUGCCAAACAUGAAUCCCAACCAUCCGAUAGUGAAGGUAACCAAGAUCCAGUACCUGAACCGACAGUUCCUCUCAAUCAGAAUGUAUGAGUCAUUCCAGAUUGUCAUGUGCUAACAUGAAAAUUAGAAGAGAGAUUAAUAUGGUCACAGCAAAUUUAACUUCCAUGAUUGAAAGUUUGGAAGUUGACAUUAUCCAAACACUGCUGCCACGGACUCUGCCCUGCCUGUAGGCGUUUUGAAUAUAUAGAAAAAGAAGAAGAAAUAUUUCAUGAGGAUGAUUAUGUUUGAUUUUGUUGCAUGCAUGCCACGCCAAAAGUGCUCGGUACAAUUUCCACUGUCAAAAUAAUAAGAAUGUAUUUGCGUGAUGCAAUUUGUACCAAAAAUUUGUGGUGGUUCAACUUAUAGUAUUGCAAACUAAUCCUUCAAUAAACUCAUUGAUGGUUUGGUCUUCUAUGAUAUAGUAUGAUCCGUUUGCCACC